AUGGCUCUGUUCUCAGUCUCAGCUUUGUUGAGUUGCUUUCUGCCCAAAGCGUUCUCACGGGUUUCUGAUGAUGCACAAGUCGCCGGCAUGAUGAAGAAGUCGUCAUCGGAGAAAACUGAAACCAAAUCCCAAUCCAAAGGCAAAGGAGCUCCUAUUGUAGUGAGCUACUUCCCCGUUAAUUCAUAUCUAUCACGCUUGUAA